AUGAAGACUUCCUCCUCACUCCUCGUUCUGCUCUCCUCCUUCCUCCUCUCCUCCGCAACCCUCCUCGUUGACUACCAUGGUGGCGACGCAGCCUCAGUUCUUGGCAAUGUUGAGCUCGAGGGUCAAGAACUCGGCUGCAAGAUAUUAAAUGGUCAAGCGGGAAAUGCAUGCUUCAUCAAACCCGAACCCGACUCUGCAACAGGGAAGAACUCUUUACAUUUUAAAAGGGAUCCGCACUUUCGAAGGGCCGAGGUUAAGGCGCUGUACACGAGUGCGAACAAAGCCGUUGUGGACAAGACGUAUUAUAUUGGGUACAACUUUAGAUUGAGUAAGGCGUAUGAAGAUCUGGUGAUUUUCCAAUGGAAAAAAUGGGAUAAAACUGCAGAACCCCAGCAAAACAUUCCCCUAUACGUCUUUUUCAAUGAAAAUCUCGACCUCACAAUCGAAUAUACAAUCCCUGGCGGUACCGGCUCUAACCGUGAAGUCGUCUGGACCGGCCCCGUUUCAGUCAGAGCUAACACAAACCACCACCUCGCUUUUGUCAUCAAUACCGCAAACGAUGGUACCGGUUGGGCUGAGUUCUAUCUCGACGGCGUCCAACAGAACUUCAACGCGGCAUAUGGAGGUGGUAAACGGUUGAAGAAUGUGUAUCUUUUCACUGGUGAUACCAGCCCGAAGUUUGGUAUUUAUAGAGGAGAAGCAGCGGCAGGCGCAGAUGAUGGGGAUAAAUACUGUCCAGCGAAUAAUAUCUAUACUGGGGAGACGGCACCGUCGGGGACUGAUCAUAUCUUCAAUUCCUGGAUUUAUAGGGUCCAAAUCUCAGACUCGAGCCUGUCGGAGGUCGCGGAGGCCGCCGGCUUGUGA